AUGUGCCAGCCGUGGCUUCAGCUCAACAACCAGGGGCCCGUCUGUGUGCCCACACGCUCACGCGAACCUGGUAAGUCCGUGUGUGUGUGAGCGACUGAGCCAUGCAUCCCUCUCUCUCUCUCUCUGUGUGUGUGUGUGUGUGUGUGGCUCUUUCAUGCAGUUCGUGUGCCGUCUCACUGUGUGGGCCGUGAGUGCGGGGAGGCCUGGUACACUGUCAGCGGACAGCACUGGAAGGAUCAGCACAUCACUUUCGACGUAAGCCCGCAAACAGCACAGCACAGCGCCUGACGCAGACACACAGCCACACAAGAAAGGGAUUCGUUCAGACGCACAGCGGCCCCUCAACCCCCACAAUCGACCGCAGCACCAAAUGGCGCGUGUGGCUCGGUAUCCCAUCCCUGAUCACACCACAGACGUGUAGACCCAUGUGUGUGUGUGUGCGUGGGGGAUCAGGUGAGGCGCUGCACCAGUGGAACCACCGCGACAACCUCGGGACGCUCUGCAUGAACGUCCUCGCAAGGCCGGCUGGUAUGUGGCUGAGCGUGGACACACACGUCUGCACCCCUCUGUGUGUGUGUGUGUGUGUGUGUGCAGUUGCCUGUCCGGCGUUCCCCUUCUCCACACUCGACAACGGCACUCUCCAGGGCGUCGUUGCCAUCAACCACACGUACGCUGCAGCCACACACACACACACACUCUGUGUGCCCCCCAUGUCCCUCUCUCUCUCUCUCUCUGUGUGUAUGUGUGUGUGCGUCAGCUCCUCUGACCGCUCCUUCAUGGCGGGGGACACCGUGUCUGUGGCGUGCGACACACAGAGGGGAUACCAGGCUAAACCAGGGUCGGUGGAGCAUCUUGCAAUCCAUGCAGACGCUCACUCACUGAUUGCAUCUCUCUGUGUGUGUGGGUGUUUUGUUUGUGUGCACAGUCAUGGUGGGCAGGAGGACCUGUUGUGUCGCUUCCGGGCCGACUACCGCACCGUCAAGUGGGACGACAUCCAUAUUCGAUGCGCCGGUAAGCAGCCUCUCUCUCUCUCUCUCUCUCUGAGCACACUCACACACAUGCAUUGGUUGCCUGUUUAGAAUCCACAAUCGAGCCGUCAUGCUCGCGCGACGAGCAGUGCCGCUGGCCCACACCUUUCUGCCACCCUGACAAGGGCACCUGUGUCGGUGAGUGAGGUGGCCUCUCUCUCUCCCUCUGCGUGUGUGUGUAUGUGUGUGUUCGGUGUGUGCAGAGUGUGUGUCAUCGUCAUCGAGUGGCUGA